AUGGCCGAACCCUCCUGGCAAGAGACUCUUCGUCUGCGGCUUGCGGAGCGCAACAAUCGAGAAUCUGCGUUUGCCCCCAUUAUCGAGCAAUACCGCAGGCUCGCCCAGCAAACCAAGCUCCUCAAGGAGAGAAAUGCAACACUCCUUAGAGCCGUUGGUAGUGUGAAAGGGUCCUCCACUAUCACGGGAUCUGGCGAAGAUAACCCAGUUCGUGCUGCAUAUGUCGCGUCUCUGGAAACCCAAAUAUCCUCUCUGCGUGACGAGCUUGCGAACUUGUAUAAGACUCAGGGACAGAAUGCCCAGCGUCUGCUAUCUAUGAACGAGACCUUGCGAGAAAAAGAAGAGUUGUCAAGAAUCGAUUCUGAGAACCUCAGGAAGUCCAGGGACGAGAUAGCGACUCUUCGUCGCAAGGUUGAUCAACAUAGCGAGCUAAUGGCAGAGAAAGAUCGGACUGUACAAAUUCUCCAUGACGAAAUUAGCACAGCAUUGCUAGAGCUCGGUCAAGUAGAAGAACGGAACCGAGACCUGGCGAAAGACAACGCGAAACUUCUCCAACGUUGGCUUGAUGCGAAGCAGGCAGAUGCUAAUCGAAUGAACGAAGCGAAUGAGAUGUACGAGAAUAUGCGCUCAAGACAUCAGAACGUGCUCUCUUGGAGGGAGGGUUCCAACGAUGAGCCAGGAGCUGCCCUGUCGCCCGAGUCUAGUCGUCCCACCUCCGGCUCGGGAAAAGAAUUGGGGACUUCGGAGGCACAAGCAGCGAUGAAGAAGAAUGGACAUCUAUCUCCAGCGCAAAGGGGCCUGGAUCUGACACCGAAUGGCUAA